UUUGUUUCUUUGCUUUGCAGCCAUGGUUUCCUCAUUUUUGUCGUACUUCCUGACCGGUGCCCGCCGACCCCAUUGAAACCAUGGAUUGAUGGGAUCAGAAGUACAGGCCUGUGACCAUUCCUGACCUCCCUCAUUGCACUGUUUCAUAGAGAACUCACCACAUCUGACGACAAAAAGCUUCUUUCAUGUGGGGGUUGACUUGGUCCCAUUGACUAGGAAGUGCACCUCUGAAUCGAACUCACACAAAAUACAGUGCGUGACCCGGUUACCCCUCUCAACUCAGAGCUACAGCCGGGUAUCGAUGGCGCUGUGUCUUGGACAGGUUUUCAGCAAAGACAAAACGUUCAGGCCGCGGAAGCGGUUUGAACCCGGCACCCAGCGCUUCGAGCUCCACAAGAAGGCCCAGGCCUCGCUCAAGUCCGGGCUGGACCUGAGAAAAGUAGUCCAACUGCCGGAGGGCGAGAACAUCAAUGACUGGAUCGCCGUGCACGUGGUGGACUUCUUCAACCGCAUCAACCUGAUCUACGGCACGGUGAGUGAGUUCUGCACCGAGCGCUCCUGCCCCAUCAUGUCCGGCGGCCUGCGGUACGAGUACAGGUGGCAGGACGGGGACGACUACAAGAGGCCAACCAAGCUACCGGCGCUCAAGUACAUGAACCUGAUGAUGGACUGGAUAGAGUCGCUCAUCAACAACGAGGACAUUUUCCCCACCAGAGUAGGUGUCCCUUUCCCCAAGAACUUCCAGCAGGUGUGCAAGAAGAUCCUGAGCCGCCUCUUCCGGGUCUUUGUGCACGUGUACAUCCACCACUUUGACAGCGUGUGCAGCAUGGGAGCCGAGGCCCACAUCAAUACCUGCUACAAGCACUACUACUACUUCAUCUCCGAGUUCAGCCUCAUCGAGCACUCCGAGCUGGAGCCACUGAAAGAGAUGACAGAGAAGAUCUGUAAUUAAGCUAAACCACUUGGACAAUGGAGUUUACAUUCCAGCCCCUCGAGUCCUGCAGGACGGCCACGGAUUCAGCACCGAGCAGUCUAAACAAGAGGACGAUGUUACAGAUCCGAGCUGUUAGGGUGGUUCUCCACGUCUAACUGGGAACGUUUACCCGCCGAAACUCAAAUCACUUUAAUUUCAGCCAAUUUCACAACGCGGUCUGAUAUUUCAACAGACAUUUAAGCUCCCUGUGGUGCUCUGAUGAUGACACUCUUUGGACUGUUUCGGCCUUUCAUAACUUGAGUCGAUCCUUUUACACGGCUUUGUUUUGUUCUCUUCAAGCAUGUUUUCAAUAUUGUGAAUGUUUGACCUUUUCAUGCUUUUUGGAAACUUCGUGCCUGACUGUGAUGAGCAUUUUUUUGUUGUUUUUUUUUUUUAUAUGCCGAGUGUUUAAAUGUUUUUCUAGUCUGGCCUUGGCAGAGGCCGUACGAAUGAAGUCACCGCACAGUUGGCUUUAAAACAAGACUGCCACGAGCAACGUUGUUCAGAAACAUUAGGUAAUGAGUGUUUUUGUCAUUAUAAACGACAACUCUGGAUUUCGGCAGUGAAAAGAUAAAAUAUCAAUAGGAAACCUAAAAACGAUGUGCAUUUAUUUGUAUCAAAGCUGCUUCAAGUGUUUGAGCCUGUAUGUGAGAUCAUUUCGGGCCAAACGAAUGACUUUGAAAACCUCCCAGAUAAAAGGUGGAUUUCGACAGCGGUGAGGAAAACUGGGAUUCUUGUUGUUCCUUCAAAUAGGAGAUGUGUUGUUGGCUGGUGUCCCACUUGCUG